CCUCGGGACUCCCCAGGCCACUCGACCUCUGCGUCCAGCUGAGAUGGGAUGCCAUGCCAGCAAGAGCACCGAGGUGGCGGAGGAGUCUCAGAAACCCGCAGAACAGCUUGAGAAAGAGGAGCCAAAUCUGGGGAAUGGCACUGAGGCAGCAGACGGCAAAGACACCUCCUUGAAGGAUGGCACCCCUGAGCAGAAGAACUGA